UUCUCCGCCAGUAGAGCAGUAAGUUCUCACUGUCUGGUUCGUAUCAUCUUCAGACUACCAGCGCAACAAGCCUGUCCUCCGUGCGGCUGACACGGUUUAUGUACACAGAAAAUGUCCAGAAAGUGGCUUUAGAGGACGGUUGGACUGUCCGGACUUUCGCCCUGGAUUCAGUGGAAGUUUUCUGACCGACAUACCCGAGUCUCCAGCGCCGUAUCUGCAGCAUUAGGCCCAGUGAUGAACAAACAGUAAAGCAGAUGAAUCUUGCCCAGUGGAUGGGUUUUUCCUGUAUGAAGAAAUGUCAGAUUGCCUCAGCUUUAAUUGCGCACCAUCCACUCUGAACACGCAAAGGAAGGUCUCUGCAGGUCAUGAACAGUUUGACAGGCCUCAUGGAGCUCGGAACUCGACGCCUGCUGUGCACCAGGGAGCUUGAUCCAUGCCCGGUUCCCAGCAAACAACCAUAAAGGGUGGGAACCUUAACUACCCUUUUUUUCCCAUCCCUUUCCCUAAAUUGCCCUUGUGGUGAUAUUGUCCUCUACUGUCUGUGGCCUGCAACAUGAUUGGCAAGUUGAAACAGAACUUGCUGGUGGCCUGUCUGGUCAUCAGUUCAGUCACGGUCUUUUACCUGGGCCGCCAUGCCAUGGAGUGCCACCAUCGCAUCGAGGAGCGCAGCCAGCCGGGUGGGAUCCUGCCUCUGUCAGCACUGGGAGGCAGCAUGCGGACUACCUUACGGACAGGCCAGAAUCUCAGCACACCUUUCGUUUACAACAAAGACAUGCCACUCAUCUUCAUAGGUGGUGUGCCUCGCAGUGGGACCACACUAAUGCGAGCAAUGCUGGAUGCCCACCCAGAGGUACGCUGUGGGGAAGAGACCCGUGUCAUCCCACGUAUCCUGGCCAUGAAGCAGAUGUGGAGCCGCUCAGGCCGGGAGAAGAUGCGCCUGGAUGAGGCCGGUGUGACAGAUGAGGUGCUGGAUGCUGCCAUGCAGGCCUUUCUGUUGGAAAUCAUUGUCAAACAUGGUGAGCCUGCCAACUUCCUGUGCAACAAGGACCCUUUUGCGCUGAAGUCCCUCGCCUAUCUGGCCAAAAUCUUUCCCCAUGCCAAGUUUGUUCUCAUGAUUCGUGAUGGGCGGGCUUCAGUCCACUCCAUGAUCUCACGGAAGGUGACCAUUGCUGGCUUUGAUCUUGGCAGCUACCGGGACUGCCUGACAAAGUGGAAUCGGGCCAUAGAGACCAUGUACACUCAGUGCCUGGAGGCGGCUGAUAAAUGCCUACCAGUACACUAUGAACAGUUGGUCCUCCAUCCUGAGAAAUGGAUGAGGACACUGCUGAAAUUCCUUGACAUUCCUUGGAAUGAUGCUGUCCUCCAUCACGAGGAGCUCAUUGGGAAAGCUGGAGGAGUGUCCCUCUCCAAGGUGGAGAGGUCCACAGACCAGGUUAUCAAGCCUGUCAAUGUGGAGGCCUUGUCCAAGUGGGUGGGGAAGAUCCCAGCAGAUGUGGUGAGAGACAUGGCUGUCAUCGCCCCAAUGUUGUCCAGGCUUGGCUACGAUCCCCACGCCAACCCUCCCAACUAUGGCCGACCUGACCCCAAAGUCCUGGACAACACCAGAAGGGUCUUUAAAGGUGAAUUUCAGCUACCAGAUUUCCUUAAAGAACAAUCACAGAUCCAGAAGUCUGCAGAGAGACCCAACCCCAGUUAGGAUCAGAGGGAGAGCCACCGCCUCAACACACAGUACAGGACUUGGUGCAGUAGAGCAGAAAAUCAUGGACGUCUCAGCCAUCUCACCAUCUGUUGGAUCUCAGCACGUUUCAGAGGUCACAUGACCAUAGUCAGACCGUCUCCUCUACAGAUCUUUGCCUAUGGAGAACUCUUGGCCUUCAAUGUUGUACUGUACAAAAAAAUAAUACUGGUUCUCACAACCACAGAAUGUCUGCUGAUUGUUAUUUUUGGUGUCACAUCACGCUCAUUGAUUUUUAGAAAUGAUCUCUGGCUAUUUAGAAAAAAACUUUGUGAUCCUGUCGUAACAAACUGCAGUGACCUGAAAUCACAAGAAGUAUUUAUGAAUGGAAAAUUAGCUUUUGGAAAAUGCAAUACCUAUUUUAAUGUUUAAUGUUUUUUUUUCAUGCCUUUGUAUUGUGCAAUGUCAUGGGUACUGACCAGUUUGAAGUAUCGACCGUGAUAAAUACUGCUUUUUUUUAA